AUGACAUUUUUAUUAACAGGACAUGAAACUACAAGUAUUACAACGAGUUGGGCUUUAUACUUUCUUGCACAACACCCACAUGAACAAGAUUUAUUACGUGAAGAAUUAGUUAAAGCCUUUCCUGAUAAAUCAAAAUUUAAUCCCACUUUUGACGAAAUAAAUUCUUUAGAUUGCUUAAAUUCUGUAGUUAAAGAAACAUUAAGAUUGUUGCCUCCAGCUGCAACUAUAUAUCGAUUGAGCAUCAAAGAUAAAAAUACUAUAAUUGAUAUUCCAAUUGCAACAAUCCAUAGAUUACCGUCAGUUUGGGGAUCAACGGCUGAUAUUUUUUAUCCAAAAAGAUGGUUAGAUCCUUCUAUGAUUAAAGAUGUAUCAAAUUAUAAUUAUUUGCCUUUUGGUGUCGGUAUUAGAGCCUGUAUAGGUUAUAAAUUAUCCAUAACUGAAUUUAAAAUAUUAUUAAGUGUGUUAGUUAGAAAUUUUAUUUUUCAACCAGUUGAAGGAUUAAAUAUUAAGAAGAGGCCUGGUGUCAAUCUUAGUAGACCUGAUCCAUAUCUUGAAUUAAUAAUUUCUAAUGUUAAAGUUUGA